GUAGUCAACACAGUGUGUUUGGAAUUCGGUGACUACGCGCGUGUUUGCGGCAUCUUAACAUCACCGUAGCCGAUAACUUGAAACUAAAAUAAAAGUUAAUAAGUGUUUAUAGUGAGGAUUAUUGAAUUAAUAAUUUGCAGAUAGGGAUACGAUUAUGCUCCUCGAUCUAUAAAUAACGAUUAAUAAUCGCUCGAAUACCAUGUUGACGACAUGGGCGCCCGAAAUGGACCCCAACAUCACCUUGGCGGAAUUCAUCAACAACACCCUGGAACCUCUGUCAGGCAACGCCACGUUACCAAGAGUCAUGAGUGUAAACCAGAUGUUCCUCAUAUUGGUGAAGGUGGCAUAUGCAAUUGGUAUUGUGGGAAAUGCGGCGGCGAUAAUUGCGCUUAGGAUGGGUGAGAGACGAGUCAGGAAUAGAAAACACCUGUUGCUCCUCACUUCGUUGGCAGCUAAUGACUUGGUUGCAUUGGUGGGUAUGCUCAGCGCUCUGCUGGUAGCGGAGCAUUUUCCUGGUGUGGCUCGAACUCAGGGAUACUGUGCAGCGCGUGUGGUGCUCCGCGUAUUUGGUAUUGGGAGCGUCUGCAUCGCCGUCACCAUGGCCCUAGAGCGAUAUCUUGCCCUGACCAGACCUUUUGUCUACCAGAAGCAAGUAACGUACUUCGUGAUACGUAUGACGCUUCUGGUAUCUUGGGUUUGGGCAGCGCUAUUGACUUGUACGCCCGUGUUUGGUAUGGGAAUAUAUUACGACGCUGUCCGUCAGUGCUGCGUCAGAUACAGAAAUGCAACUGAGGGCUUGGACUUUGCAUACGCUAUCUUCUACGUCAUGUUUGGCAUAACGCUGUGUUUAAUCCUGAUAUAUUGUAACCUAGCGGUUAUUCGAGCUCUGUACGCAAUUUCUGCGCCACGGGAAGGUGGGCCGGUGGUUAGACGAGUCUCCAAACGCAGCUGCCGAUCACGCUGUGAUGCCGCCCUACGUCAACAUAACGCAGCAACUGCUGAAGAAGUUGCCUUCAGCAGAUUGAUGGCCACGCUGUCUGUCCUUUUCAUGAUCUGUUGGAUGCCACAAUCGGUCACAUCAGCGUUGUACCUGUCUAUGGGUAAAACAUAUUGGUCACACCUUGAAAGCCUCGGACGGCUCUCAGACAUGCUGAUGUUGUUCAACUAUGUGCUGAAUCCCAUUAUCUACGUUCUCAUGAGGCAACGACGUCGCUGCUUAGUCACAAACCUGGGACGAAGCAUAGCACGCUGUUUUAAACGGAACCACAAGACAUCUACGGAAUCGAUGAAGACGUCUUGCUGCCCGCAGGAGACAGUUGUAAUGAGUGACAGCUCCGGUGCGGAGAUGCGACCACUUCGCGCCCCACCCUGUGCCACCAUCAUUAACGUGGAUGACUGACGACGGUCAUUGAAUAAGGGAACGCGAUCGUUAACCUUUGCUACUACUUACGACAGGGCCGAACACAAAAGCUACAGCUUGAGGAGUCGGUACUAAUAUAAUAUAUGUAUAAAUUCGCAUAUAAAUAUCACCGAAGAUAGACGCUCUAGGGAAACAUUAGAAGAUUUCGGAGAAUGUGCUUUAAGAAAAAAAAAAUUAACGAAAGAAAUUUUGGAAUAGUCUGUGCGGGAAAAGAACCAUGACGUACAUAUUUUUAUCAACAAAAAGAAAAAUGCAAUUUUUGUUUAAUAAGAUUAUUUAUGCAUGUAAGUAAACAUCACAAUUAAAUAUAUAGUAUUUCCUGUUUUCUUAACUUAGUAAUAAUAAAAAUAAUUAAUAAAUUAAUAGUAAUUAAGUAAUUAAUAGUCUUAGUACUACUAAGACAAAAAUACCCCGACGGGUUUUUUCCGUACAGACGCUACUAAGAUCUCAGAUUUAAAAAAAAAAGUUUUCGUGUUUUGGACUGUAUAUAGAAUUUAAGGGAUGAUAAAUAUGUAUAUUUCUAGUCUGUAAGGUCAUUGUUGAUGAACAGAAAACAAUGCAAAGAAAAUUUAUUCACUAUUCGUUUUGUAAGUAGAUCUAUUUCCCAGAAUGCAUGUGUAUAUAUUUAUAUAUAAAUUAAUAAUAUUAGGUACUUGUAGGAACGUUUAUUUCGUUUUUUCUGAACAACCAAACUCAACUGUAAUAUACAUAUAUACCAACUGUACUCUUAACAACAAUUCUAAAACCCUUAAAAAAUUGUACAAAUCAAAUAAUCUUUUAGGUAGAUGUUACAAUUAAUUGUAUGAUAUUAUUUUUGUAAUCUUUAUAGUGAAGUAAGUAAAAUGUUACCAUAAAGUUAAAAAUAUUGUAUAGGAUUUAUUUACUAGUCUAUAAACUAGAUAAUAAAGUAAACUGAUUUAUUUAAUAAUAAUUAAUGUACAAGUUACUAUUUUGAAGAUACAUAAUUGAAGACUAGACCACAGAGAUAAACAAUUUUAAAAUACUUAUUAUAAAAUAAUAACCGAGGAAUUUAAACGAACAUAUUUUUUAUUUAGAAAUAUAAGAUGUAGGUAUCUAUUGAUGAGGUAAAUCCGGCCAUGUGGCUUUUUAUAAAACGCCUAAAUUUAGUGUCGUGUUUUUUCCAUGGUUACGAUGUUUUUUUUAAUAUAAAUAUUAAGUAACCAUGGUAAUUACCUCUUUUGUAUCGUACAAUAUUAUAAUAGGCGACCGAAUUUACAAAAUCGUACUCAUUGCGAUACAGACACAAACCAAGAACGGUUUUGUAUUGAUCUUAGAAUAGAGGUUUUGUAAAUUCGAUAAUUACCACAUUUUAAAUUGUAGUAACUAAUAAUAUAGUGCCAUAUUAAAAUA